UGGAUUCCCAGUAACACCUUUUCCGAUGACAGUAGGCCUUGUUCUAUUUCCACUACAGAUUGAGAAUCCAAUCGAGAGCCUUAGCCAGGGACAAGGUGAUCAGGUGUCAACGAUGCCCGUCCAUCCAAUCCCAGUUCUUCCAAUGCCAAUUGCAUCAAGAAUGACAGAUCCCAACUUAAAUCAGAAAUCAACAGUUGAAGCGUCCCCCCUGUCGCUGAAGUUGUGUCUAUCUUCCGAUCAGAAUUAUCAGUCACAGUCGAGGAAUUCAGCAUUUCAGGUGAUGCCAGGCUUCAACAAUGGAGAUAGCAUCAUUAGUGUUGCAUAA